CGUGUAGGUCGGUGGUAUCGAGAUGACGGCCCGUCACUAAAUACCGGAAGGCGAUGGGCACUCAAAAACCGGGCGAGUGGGCACAUCUGCUGAUUGCGCGUUUCGAGGACCAGCUCCCAUGCCGUGCUGGUCCUCAAACAACACACUCUCGCAUCAAUGAAGAAAAGAAUAAAAAAUGUCUGAUCCAAAUAUCCCGUUAUCGAUUCUCGCUGGUCAUUUCUGGCCUUACAAAAAUGCUGCAACGUGUCAACGAGUUGGCACCUUGCGGCGUUGGCCAACGCUCGUUCCAUUUUUCCGAUCAAGAUCGCCACUGUUACGAAUCGAUUAUCAUAGUCUUGGAUACGCUAGAACGCUGCCUCAGUAAUCAACCCAAAGACACAACAAAGUUUGACGAAACAAUGAACGUCAAAUUAUUGCUUAGAGAGAUUUGCCAAUUCAUCGAUGUGCCCAAUGACAGUCCGCAGCAUGCGCAUCUCAAGAAUCUUGCCAGCAAGGUCCUCUUUGCCCUUAGUCUAAAUUUCUUCAAUGCGGUCUUUAAUAGAAUUUCAGCCAGACUUCAGGAGCUGUCGGUAUCGAACGAAGAAAAUCCUGAUUACAGCGACAUAGAACUUAUACAGCAUAUCAACGUUGAUGUUCAUAGAUUGACGAGGCUUUUAAAUGAAACGAUUCAGAAGUUCAAGCAGCUGAAAAAGUCGGCGCAUCUUGUGCUGAUAAAUUCGCUAGAGAAGGCAAUAUGGAAUUGGAUGGAUACUUACCCGCACGAGUUUGCCAACCUUCAGAAAAAGCCAAACGACGAUUUGUCCAAAGUAUGCGGAGAGCUAUUCGACAUUCUAGACACAUUUGCCGACAACAAAAAGGGCAGAGCAGCCGCAGUUUGGCCUCUACAGAUAAUGCUGCUGAUUCUCUCUCCGAAAGUACUUGAAGAAAUUGUGAACGCAGAUUCAGGUGCUCCUUGUUCUCCGAGGCAUUCGAAGAAAAAACAGUUCAUCGAUAGCGUUAAGAGAGGAUUGGGCAUGCACGGAGGUUCCAGCAGACAGCUAGUCGAAGCUGCAGCAGUAACAUGUGUUAAACUUUGCAAGGCCUCUACUUACAUAAACAUAUUAGAUUCGAACAAUGUUGCCUUUACCUUGGUACAAAACGUGAUAAACGACUUGAAGGCCCUCCUCUUCAAUCCGUGCAAACCCUUUUCGCGUGGGCAGAAUUACAUUGCGCAAGAUAUCGAUCUCAUGAUCGAUUGCUUCAUAAGUUGCUUUCGCAUCAAACCCCACAACAACGAAGCGCUGAAAGUCUGUUUGAACUUAAACUUUCCUUCAACUUAUCAGUUCGUCCUCGUCAGCUCAUUGUACAAGAUAAUCACACAGCCAAGAUUACCUUGGUGGCCCCAGAUAGAUCUCGUGUACUCGCGCAGCGCAGAACUGAGAGCCAUGUUUACCGAUGCUCUGAACAAGGUUGCUCAGGGUUACAUAUCGCACGCUCCGUUACGCAUGAUCCAGAGCUUGACACUGAAAGGCAAGGAACAAAGCAAGUACAAGGAUCGGGGAGAAGACAUAUCCGGAUACAGGAAUCUCCUUCUCUGGAUGGUGCGACUGAUUCACGCCGAUCCCAUGUUGAUGUUGAAUAAUCAGGGGAAAGCGGGCCAUGAAAUACAAAGUUCAACUCUCGAGCUAAUCAAUGGACUAGUUUCUCUGGUUCAUCAGCCAACGAUGCCAGAUGUCGCGCACGAGGCGAUGGAAGCUUUGCUGGUUCUGCACCAUCCUGACAAAAUUAAGGCGUGGAAUCCUGAAGCUCCGAUAAACACAUUCUGGGAUGUCAGUUCUCAAGUCCUUUUUUCCAUAUCACAAAAACUGAUUCAACACCAAAUAGUAAAUUAUACAGACAUACUGAAGUGGCUUAGAGAAAUACUCGUCUGUAGAAACGCUUUCCUUUCUCAAAACAAAGACUAUGCCAACGUCGGCAGUCAAAUCGCCAUCUGUAAACAAGCUCACAUUAAGUUGGAGGUGGUUUUCUUCAUGUAUUUAUGGAGCAUUGACAUGGAAGCAGUUUUAGUCGCAAUGUCAUGCUUUGCACUCCUCUGUGAAGAAGCUGACAUUCGUUGUGGCAGUGACGAGGUAGCAGUAACGUGCCUUUUACCAAACUACCACUUGUACAUUGAACUUGCUCAGGCAUCGACAAUCCUGACAACUGCCAGCGGAGAGAGUAGGAUUUAUUAUCAUGAACAUAAUCACGGUCGUGCUGCUCUGCAAAAAAGGAUUAUGACACUGCUUAGAAAAAUAGAGCACUGCGUUAACGGUGUGCAACCUGCUUGGGAAGAGACGUUCAGAAACUGGGAAUUGGCUUGUCGGCAAUUGUCAAAUUACCGUAAAACAAAAUCCGAGGAUCCCCAGACCGAACCGUCGCACCGUAGCACUGGAAAACGAAGAGCUUCGCACCAAAAUUCUGAGCACGAGUUAGAGGAACAGAUAAACGAAUGGGCAAAUAUGACUGGAUUUUUAUGUGCAAUGGGCGGUGUGUGUCUUCAAAGGAGAUCGCCCAACAGGCCGGUGUCCGGUCUAGUCUCAAAUGCCGAGACAAAGAGAAGCAAUACCUUAGCAAAUCCGAGCCAGGAAGUGCAGUACUGCCCAGUAACGCAGUUUGUAUUCAAUCUCCUGAGACUGUUGAUAUGCAACAACGAAAAGUUCGGCGCUCAGAUACAAAAGCACGUCAAGGAGUUGGUGGGACACGAAAUGAGCCCAGCCCUGUACCCGAUAUUGUUUGACCAAAUAAAAAGCAUCGUAGAAAAGUUCUUCGAUCAGCAAGGGCAGGUUGUUGUUUCGGAUCUGAACACGCAGUUUAUCGAGCACACUAUUUUUAUUAUGAAAAACGUUUUGGACUCGAAAACUGAUCAGCCAUCCGAGCAUCUCGGGGUAACCAGCAUUGAAGGAAUGAUGCUUGCGAUUGUCAGAUAUGUCAGGCACUUGGACAUGACCGUUCACGCGAUACAUAUUAAAACCAAAUUGUGUCAGUUGGUGGAGGUCAUGAUGAAGCGGCGCGACGAUUUAGCCUUCAGACAGGAAAUGAAGUUCAGAAAUAAGUUGGUAGAGUAUCUCACAGAUUGGGUAAUGGGCACCAGUCAUCAAAUUGCACCUCCCAGUGGCGGCGAUGUCACUGUUAUCACUAGUAUUUACUCUAGGGAUUUGGACCAGGCAUGUAUGGAGGCCGUUGGGGCACUGUUACGCGGAUUACCCCUCCAACCCGAGGAAUCGGACAGAGGUGACUUGAUGGAGGCAAAGUCACAGCUCUUCUUGAAGUACUUUACCCUAUUUAUGAACUUGCUGAACGACUGCAGUGAAUCGACUGAAGAAAAAGAGGUUGUAACGAGGCAAAGAGUGACCGCGGGGAAACUGUCGACUCUGCGGAAUGCUACAAUUCAAGCAAUGAGCAAUCUCCUCAGCGCUAACAUCGAUAGUGGCCUCAUGCAUUCGAUUGACCUGGGCUACAACAGAGACCUUCAAACACGCGCCGCGUUUAUGGAAGUCCUUACGAAAAUCCUUCAGCAGGGUACAGAGUUUGAUACUCUGGCCGAAACUGUACUGGCUGAUAGGUUCGAACAACUCGUCCAGCUCGUUACCAUGAUCAGUGACAAGGGAGAGUUGCCGAUCGCUAUGGCGCUUGCCAACGUGGUCACUACCAACCAGAUGGAUGAGUUGGCCAGAGUGUUCGUCACCUUGUUUGACGCAAAGCAUUUGCUGUCACCUCUCCUUUGGAAUAUGUUUUACCGCGAGGUUGAAGUCUCUGACUGCAUGCAAACCCUCUUCAGAGGGAAUAGUCUGGGAAGUAAAAUCAUGGCAUUCUGUUUCAAAAUAUAUGGUGCCAGCUAUUUGCAGAGCUUGUUGGAACCUUUGAUAAAACCAUUGUUAGACGAUCCGUCGACCAGCUUUGAAGUUGACAGUGCGAGGAUCGACAUCAACGAAGACAUUGAAAAAAACGGCCGAAAUUUAAUAGCUCUUACUCAAAGAGUAUUUGACGCCAUCGUAUCGUCAGCAGACAAAUUCCCUCCACAGUUACGAUCGAUGUGUCACUGUUUGUACCAAGUGCUGAGCAAGAGAUUCCCACAGUGUCCACAAAACAAUAUCGGAGCCGUGGGUACGGUAAUAUUUUUGCGAUUUAUUAAUCCAGCAAUUGUUUCGCCGCAAGAAAUGGGGAUAGUCAGUAAGCAAGUUCCUACACCAGUCAAGAGAGGCCUGAUGCUAAUGUCCAAGAUUCUGCAGAACAUCGCGAAUCACGUGGAAUUCAGUAAAGAGCAGCACAUGCUCCCGUUCAAUGACUUUCUUAGAGCACACUUUGAAAUUGGCAGGAGAUUCUUUAUACAAAUUGCUUCCGAUUGCGAAACGGUGGAUCAGGCAAAUCAUCCCAUGUCUUUCAUAUCAGAUGCCAAUGUUUUGGCGUUGCACAGACUUUUGUGGAAUCACCAGGAGAGGAUCGGAGAUUAUUUAAGCAGCAGCCGAGACCAUAAAGCCGUUGGCAGAAGGCCUUUCGACAAGAUGGCUACAUUACUGGCUUAUUUAGGACCUCCGGAGCACAAGCCGGUAGAUUCACAUUUGCUAUUUUCAUCCUUUGAUCGAUGGUCAAGUAUCGACAUGUCGUCGACAAACUUUGAGGAAAUUAUGGUGAAGCAUAACAUGCACGAAAAGGAAGAAUUCAAAAGUAUCAAAAGUUUGAACAUUUUUUAUCAAGCUGGAACAAGCAAGCAAGGCUAUCCUGUGUUCUACUACAUUGCUCGGAGAUACAAAAUUGGUGAAACAAACGGCGACCUGUUGAUCUAUCACGUGAUACUUACCCUGAAGCCAUUUUGUCACUCACCGUUUGAGCUCGUAGUAGAUUUUACCCAUACUUGUUCGGACAAUCGUUUCAGGACGGAGUUUUUGCAAAAAUGGUUUUACGUUCUUCCCGAAGUCGCGUAUGACAACAUUCACGCUGCUUAUAUAUAUAACUGCAAUAGCUGGGUACGCGAGUACACAAAGUUUCACGAUAGAAUUCUAGCCCCUUUAAAGGGGAAUCGAAAAGUGGUAUUCAUAGAAGCUCCCGGGAGGCUGAACGAUCUGAUCGAUCUUGAACAGCAAAAAUUACCUGGUGCGACGCUGUCCCUAGACGAAGACCUCAAGGUUUUCAACAAUGCGCUCAAACUCUCCCACAAGGACACAAAAGUUGCCAUCAAAGUUGGCCCUACCGCAAUUCAAAUAACUUCUGCUGAAAAAUGCAAAGUUCUGUCUCACGCGGUGUUGUUGAACGAUGUUUAUUACGCUUCUGAAAUAGAGGAGGUCUGCUUGGUCGAUGAUAACCAGUUUACCCUCACAAUAGCCAAUGAAUCUGGACCUCUUUCUUUCAUACACAACGACUGUGAUAGCAUAGUGCAAGCUAUUAUUCAUAUAAGGAAUCGGUGGGAGCUUUCCCAGCCAGAUUCCGUAACUGUUCAUCAAAAAAUACGACCUAAAGACGUGCCUGGUACUCUGCUGAACAUGGCUCUUCUGAAUCUCGGUAGUUCAGAUCCAAACCUGAGAACAGCGGCGUACAAUCAGCUUUGCGCACUGACGGCGACGUUUGAUCUCAAGAUAGAAGGACAGCUAUUAGAGACUUCGGGUCUCUGCAUUCCCUCCAAUAACACGAUUUUUAUUAAAUCAGUUAGUGAAAAACUAGCGACAAACGAACCGCAUUUGACCCUGGAGUUUCUCGAGGAGUGUAUUCAAGGCUUCAGGGUAUCAAAUAUAGAGCUGAAGCAUUUGUGCCUAGAGUAUAUGACCCCGUGGCUGGCGAAUCUUGUGAGGUUUUGCAAACCGUCUGACGAGAGCAAGCGACAGAAACAGGUGACGCAGAUAUUAGAGAAGCUGAUUACUCUGACUAUUGAAGAGGUCCAAAUGUAUCCUAGUAUACAAGCAAAGAUUUGGGGCAGUAUAGGUCAGGUCCCAGAGCUGAUCGAUAUGGUCCUAGACAACUUCAUACACCGGAGCGUUAGAUAUGGACUUGGAACACCCAUGGUAGAAAUCAUGGCUGACACGGCCGUUGCUCUGGCCUCGGCGAAUGUUCAGCUGGUGGCGAAAAAAGUCAUUGGACGACUUUGCAGGGUCGUUGACAAAACGUGCACCUCUCCAACUGCUCUGCUGGAGCAGCACAUGAUGUGGGAUGACAUUGCCAUUCUGGCGCGAUACUUGCUCAUGCUUUCCUUCAACAAUUGCUUGGACGUUGGGCGGCACCUUCCGUACCUGUUUCACACUGUGACCUUCUUAGUUUGCUCCGGGAGUUUGAGCAUGAGGGCGUCGACUCAUGGAUUAGUGAUUAACAUUAUUCAUUCCUUGUGUACCUGUACCAAACCCUCUUUUUCGGAGGAUACUCAAAGAGUGCUAAGACUUAGUUUGGACGAGUUUUCCCUCCCAAAGUUCUACCUGCUAUUUGGUAUAAGCAAAGUUAAGUCAGCUGCCGUCACUGCCUUCAGGUCAAGCUACAGGCAUUCCAAUGAAAAGUGGUUUGGAAAUGAACGCAGCUUGUCCGGUGGACAGGACAGAGAAAGGUUGGCUCUCACUAGUUUAGAGGUGAUCACCGAUGCACUCCUUGAAAUAAUGGAGGCCUGCAUGAGGGACAUUCCUGACUGUGAUUGGCUCCAGACUUGGACAACCUUAGCAAAGAGUUUCGCCUUUUGCUUCAAUCCAGCUCUACAGCCGAGAGCUCUCAUCGUCUUUGGCUGUAUAAGUAAGAGCAUUACAGAUCAGGAUAUAAAACAAUUGUUAAGGAUACUUGUCAAGGCCCUCGAAAGUUUCAACGACAUUAUUCUUCUCGAGGCUAUAGUUAUGUGUUUGACUCGACUUCAACCCCUUCUUAGGCCCGAAUCUCCGAUACAUCGUUCCCUUUUCUGGGUUGCAACUUCGGUCUUACAACUCGAUGAGGCUUCUCUCUAUGCAUCUGGACUGGCAUUACUUGAACAGAACUUGCAUACACUUGAUUCUCAAGGGAUGUUCGAUGAUAAGACCUUAGAACAAGUUAUGAUGUCUACUCGGGAGCCUUUAGAGUGGCACUUUAAGCAACUGGACCACGCAGUUGGCCUGUCCUUCAAAACAAACUUCCACUUUGCUCUGGUAGGGCAUUUAUUGAAAGGCUAUCGACAUCCGACUCCUACAACUGUUUCCAGAACAGCGAGAGUGUUGACUAUGCUAUUGGCUAUUGUUGCUAAACCUCUUAGGCGAGACAAGUUCGAGGUGACACCGGGCAGUGUGGCUUAUCUAGCUGCCUUGGUGUCAGUCUCUGAAGAAGUACGUAGUAGGUGUCACAUUCGCCAUUCGUUGGGCCGAGCAGUUGCAGAAUCUGGAAGCACUGAUUUCCUAGAUACUCUAGUGCCGCACAAUACCGAUUCUACUGGCGGCAUGAUGAAUCACGCGAAUCGAAGGCAAAAGUCGUGGGAUCUCUUGGAUCAAUCGGCAAUUACCCAAGCGAAACAGCAGAAGCAGCACACGCCGCAUCAGACUGGCCGCAUUUUAUUUAAAACACAGAGAUCGUUCUCCGUGCCGACCACGAAGGAGGCCAAGCCGAUCAACGACUCGGAACCGAAGAAUCGAAGCGCUAGAGUUAGCGUCAGUAACGAAAAUAACGUACUCCUGGACCCCGAGGUUCUGACGGACUUCCCCACUCAAACUUUGGUACUUACUGUUCUGGCCACACUAGUCAAGUAUUCCACGGAUGAGAACGAGACCAGAAUUCUCUAUCAAUACCUGGCCGAGGCCUCAGUCGUGUUUCCAAAGGUGUUUCCAGUUAUCCACAAUCUACUGGACGCCAAAAUCACCAGCGUUUUAUCCUCUUGUCACGACCAAGUGAUACUGAGCGCAGUCCAGGCUAUUAUUCAGAAUAUGAUAGCUUGCGAGGAUACGAGUCAACAGCAAUUGCAUUUUUUGCAGAGUUGUGGUUUCGGCGGGCUCUGGAGAUUCGCUGGACCUUACACAAAGUGUAACCCAACCGCUGAGAGUGCGGAACUAUUCGUCAACUGCUUGGAGGCGAUGGUUGAGACUUGUCUGCCUGUUGAAGAAGGCGAAGGUAUGACCAACAGUGAGCAAAGUUCGAGGGAUGAACGGGUGAGCGUUAGUGAUAGCCAAUUCUCUAGCUCGCUGGGAGUCAAUUCUAUAUCGACUAUGAACAUGGCUGCGACUAGUUCCAAUAGCCUGAACAUGGUUAGUCCGACAGAGAAAGAGAGCGAUAUGCUCGCUACAACGUCGCUCGACCGCUACCACAAACGAGGAAGGAAGGGAAGCUUGACCACGGGUAUCUUGAUUCCAGCCAGUAGCGGCGAUGGGAGCGCCUAGCAAUUAGCCCAGAACCCUGGCAGCCCGCACGGGGAGCAGGGCUCUGAUCAACAAGACAGUCAGAAGUUGCAGCAGCAUAUCAGGAACCCAAACAUUCUGGCUCCCUGUUACUGCUGCUACAUGUCCAGCCAGAUAAACCCAGUGCCGUCCGCCUCACACUAAUGAGCCAACUACCUGAAAACGUUAGCUACUACUCUAGUUCCAUAUUUUUUUAUGCUAAAGCGGUGAGUAACUUUGCAUCUCAUCUUCUUCCCACCUACAAGCGUUUAUAUAUGAUAUAUAUAAAUAUAAAUAUAUAUAUAUAUAUAUAUAUAUAUAUAUAUAUAUAUAUAUAUAUAUAUAUAUAUAUAUAUAUAUAUAUACACAUCGUUAUGCCGGUAAACAACCAUCGAAUCGUGGAUCCGGGACAAUCCCUCGAUUUUAUGUGCUACGAAGAGGCAUUUUAGUUAUUACAGCUAAUGAUGUGAUUAGGAAUUAGAAUGAUCAGCUUCGCGGCCAAUUUAUCGUUGUUCACAAUAUAGUUGAUAUGUUAUCGAUUCGGUUAGAAAGAUUUUGCUAAUGAAGUCGAGUAUGAAUGUUUUGUUUUUAAUUUUUUUUCUCAAAUUAAGCUUCAGAAGCUGCUUACCUAACGGAAAGAAAUUAAAUUUUUCAAUCGUCACCUACAAUUUAUCUAGUAGAAAUUAUAAAAACGUGCAGACACCGCACGACGUGCAUGCCUGCUCUGGUUUACAGAAUAUAUAUUAUUUUGAUAAUAAAAAUGGAAAGAAAUAACAGCAGUGCUCAGGGUGAGGCUCAACGUGCAUAUAAAUCAAGUGACGCACGUCGCUUCAUGUAUAAUAAAAAAAAAGUAAAAACAUUUCAAUUGGCACUGGUACCCUCAUAUAAAUAUUAUACUAAUUGUUGUCUUCAAUGUUGAAUAUGUGUAUACAUAUUAUAGUAUGUCAUUCGCAGACAGACUUGAAGGCAAGAAGUUAUGUAAUGUUAAAAUAUCAAGCGUGGCUUUCACUCAGGCAUGAUAUUCGAUGAAAACAAAUAUAUACAUACUAAACAUUACAUUUCACGAGUAUUUUUAAUAACUCAAACUUUGGAAAAGUUUCUCACGCAGUACUAGUCGCCGUAUGAAAAGUAGUGAAAAUUAUUGUUACACAAGCGAUGCUGCGUGUCCAAUUUUGUGGCCUAAGUGUGGUGAAGUUUGAGUGUUACAAAUGGUGGCUGAUUGUGAGACAGAUGUUUGAAAUCAAAAUUUGGUAGAAAAUUCAUUAGUUCUUAUCUCCUUUUUUACAAUUGAAAGAAAGAAGUGUAAAUGUCUGUUUCAUUAGUGAAGAUCCGAGUAGCAGAAAAAAUAAUCAAUUAGUGAAUUGAAGCUGGUUGAAAUUAUCGGGUGCAGAUAAAUGAUUAUUUUCUGAAAUUCUACCAGCUACGUUCAUGCUGCAGGUUAUUCUAACUGCAUUCUACCAAAGCGAUAGUGUAAACAAUCAAAGAUAAAUUAGAUAGAAUGUGUAUAGUAUAUGUAAACAAAACGUAAUGUUUGUUUUACAUAUCACUCGCGGAUUCCAGCGAGCUCAAAACGUGUAAAACAAUCCAUACGAUUAACAAAGAAUACAAUGCAUACGAGAAUUUCGAGGGGCAACAUUAAUGAAUUUCAAAGCGUGUCAGUUUGAUCACAAAUAGUAGAAUAAUAAUUAGGUUAAAUCCAAGUCACCUUUGCCUUCAUUUUUGACUAGAUAUAUUAUUUUUUAUGAAGCAAUAUGUACCGCGACACACACGCAAGCACACACACCGAAAUACACACACACAUUCGCCAAGGCAAUAUUUUUUCUGAGGAAGCUAAUUACUUAUGCCUUCACAGUUAUACAUAUAUACGUGUAUAUGAAAUCAGCAUUUCUUCAAACCCGCAAAUUAGAGUCGGUACCUAACUUUUGUGGAAUAUAAUAUCGUCAUUGUCCUUAUGGUGCUUGAAAUGGGUUAUAAUAUUUCAGAACGAACAGCAAGAGCUACUACAGAUACGAAUUGUUAAUAGUUGAUGUGUGGGAAAGUAUUGGGAUAGCAGUUUAUUAACGAUCAAUGAAACAGUUCCAAAUUAUGUACGUACAUUGAUGUAAAAGUAUAUAUUAGAUAUUAUUAUAUAUGUACGCAAUAUAAAAUGAUAUGAUUGCUGAAUAUUUUUUAUGAUAAAAGAAGAAAAUAAAAUGAAAAUGAAUUAAUUGAUUAACAAAUGAAUAUAAAAAUUUAAAAAAUAGACUCUAUAAUGAGAGCAGAUUCACGAUUAGCGUUACAAAAAUGAAUAACAGCGUUUAGUAUGGAUGGGUGUUCCUGAUCCCUUUAUUUGUGAGAUACAUAAAAACCUGAAUAUGUUAUACGUUUAAUAAAUGCAACAAGGUAGGCCUAUGAGUUCAAGCGUUGACUAAAGUUAUGUAGACGCCGACUGUCUUUAUGUCGAGUGACUCUGGAGAUAAUUUAAUUUCUAGCUUUCAUGGAAUAGAUUAGUGACGUAAAUCAAGUACGCACCUGCAAGAUACUGCAAUUUUAUUUUUGCUAGUACACCAAAAUUUCUGAGCACUAACACAAUAAGGAUUGGCCGUUUCGCG